UGAGAGCACACAAUUACACCACAACACACACACACGGAAACAAACAGUGUUCCUGCAUCUCCAAAGCAGCGGAAGGAUAGGAUAAUGGCCGGUGAGAAGAAGGGGCUGGUGCUGCUGGACUUCUGGGUGAGCCCGUUCGCGCAGCGCUGCCGCAUUGCGCUGGCCGAGAAGGGCCUGGCCUGCGAGUCCCUGGAGCAGGAGCUGCUGGGCGACAAGAGCGACCUCCUCCUCGGCUCCAACCCGGUCCACAAGAAGGUCCCCGUGCUCCUCCACGACGGCCGCGCCGUCUGCGAGUCCCUCGUCAUCCUCGAGUACAUCGAGGACGCCUUCCCGGGCGCGGCCCCGCGGCUCCUCCCCGCCGACCCGCACGCGCGCGCGCAGGCGCGGUUCUGGGCCGACUACGUCGACAAGCGGGUGUACAGCUGCGGGACGCGGCUGUGGAAGCUCAAGGGGGAGGGGCGCGCGGCGGCGCGGGCCGAGAUGCUGGAGACGCUCCGGACGCUGGACGCCGAGCUCGGGGACAGGGCGUUCUUCGGCGGUGAGGCGUUCGGGUUCGUGGACGUCGCGCUCAUACCGCUCACGUCGUGGUUCUACAGCUACGAGAAGCACGGCGGGUUCAGCGUCGAGGAAGAGUGCCCGGGGCUGGCGGAGUGGGCGCGGCGGUGUGGGGAGAGAGAGAGCGUGGCCAAGGUCCUGACGCCACCGGAGGAGGUGCACGACUUCAUCUGCCUGCUCAAGAAGCACUACGGCGUCGAGUAGCGCUGAUCGAUCACGAUCAGCCGGCUGGUGGAUGCGUGGCGAACUGUUUGCUUUCGUGGAGUUUGGCUCGAGUCUGCUCUUGUUUGUGUUUAAUUUGAGUCUUAAUGCCAUUUGUCUCGUGUUCUACUUCCAAGAUGUUGUCCAAUGUAUUUGCCUAUUUGGGACCCCCAUGUAUGUGAGGGACUUCAAAAUGUUUUGCUCAAGAAAAUUGCUUUAUUAAUUAA